AUCGGGUCAACAUGGCUUUGCUAAAAUUAACCGACUGGCUUGGAAAAGCUGAUGAACACAGUUUAACUGAUGUUGUUGGUGUCUGCAUAGCCGCGGAAAAUGUGCGCGGAACAGGCCUUGGCCUCGUGGGGUGAUCUGCAACCCCUUCGCUCCAAGAUGUCCCAGAAGACGCGGUCAAGCGCUCCGCGGCCGAACGGCACUCAAGCGAAGGUCCCGGAAUCUCGCAGGAGAAGCACGGUCGACGACGCUGCCGGCACCAAAGCACGGAGCGUCAGCCGGGACAACCGAGCCCCCGACCGUCGCGAGGGCGUCAAGCCGCCCGCGCAGAAUGGGAGCCAGCGAGGCUCCGGUCAGCACGAGAGCAGGAAAGCUCCACUCCCGCCGGAGGGCAAGAAGCCGCCCGGCCAGCGGGUCGCCAGGUCCACGUCGAGGCAACCGGACAGCGGGAAGUCGACCCUCCAGCCCGACGCAAAACCGGCGCCCAGUCGACGCGACAGCAAGGCGAUCGCGGCCGAUCCGAGGGUUUCGUCGCGUCCAACCGCGUCGAAGAACAAGGACUCCCUUGCGUCGCGGGUGUCGAACACUGGGGUGAAGUCACCGAGCCGCGUUGGCACAGAGACGGCCGAACCGAGCGGCCGGAGACACUCGCGAGAUAGCGAGAAAGAACGAGGAUUAGGGAAGGUCGCAGCGACGUCGUCGAGCGGCGCGUUGGAAAAACGUCCCAAGGACCGCACAAGGACGGCGGCGGGUCGACCUCCAGGUGGCAGCGCCGAAGCUAAGGAUGGCGACGAGACUGAGUCCAAAGGCUCAUCGCCAGCGACAUCUCGGAAAAAGCAGUCGUCACAUGUGAGCAAAGUUGAAAAGCCUGAUCAUCAAGAACGCAAGAGUCCUUAUGUGACAGGAGGCACGUCUCACAAGACGUCAAAAUCUCGGCCACAAAAAAUUGCUGUUUCAGAGAAGGAGAAUGCGCAACCUCCAACACCGACCACCACGGCAUCAAAAAAGCCUCGGACGGUCACAAGACAGGAAACUUAUUCUGCGGAACAGUUGCAGCAGGCUGGCUCGAGGGAAGCGGCGAGGGCCGUGGAAGUUGCCAUGGAAACUGAACAGGGAAUCGACAAUGCGCGAGCUUCAACGUCUCAUUCCGCAGAAAAGGUUAUCCCUGAGUCCUCAAAGUCAGAAACGUCCAGGACGAGGCAUUCUUCAGUCGCAGAUGACGGGUACUGUUACGACGACGAUUUCGAGGAUUACGAAUCCGACUUUGAAAACGAUGACGCAGUGGAUGACGAAAGUAGUGCGAGCAGCGCCGUCAGUGACAGCAGCAGUGACGUCAGUGACAGUGCCCCCGCAAACGGAAGCGAUGAAGUGACGUCAAGUGAAGGUCCCCUGCUACCGACGAAUGAUAAACUGACAACGCAGGAGUACAGUGAAGUCAACUCAGAGAAACUAAAACAGCAAUCCCACUGGAAAUCCGAGCCGGUUCUGGAUGUGGAUGCGAAACCACCUGCUCCGCUAAUGCCAACUUCCUUCUCGACGUACAGUCUGGUCAGCUAUCUGACGGCUCAGAAGAAAGAAGAGGACAAGAAAGUGCUCAGCAAAGCGCAGCAGCGGGCUAAGGACGUCCUGGAGAUGGUCUCCCUGGAUACCAUGACGUACCAGGUGUUCGACAUCCCGCCUGUCACCUACGACGUGUACAUCUCGACAUUCGGCCGGGCCGACGCCAAACAGGUGCUGAUCCAAACCGAACUCGGCGAUGAGGAAGAGUGCCAAACAGAAAACAUCGAGCUCGAGGAGAAAUGGACUCAGCAGCCUCCUCACGACUACAAGGGCUUUGGCGGAGGAAAUGGAACGCCCAUUGGUAGCGAUGCUCAGGGCUUGCGGAGUGGCGAAGACGUGAUGAACCUUUUGGACUUCCUGAAAAACUCGUCCGACCUCAUGCUUCGCGUUAUUGACGAAGACCUAGCCUGUAAAACUCGGCGAAACCUCAAGCGAGCGUCCGAGGUGGACGGCUUCAGCGGCGGCUUCUUGAGGCUGGAUCCCCUCACUUUUGCCAAAGGUUCUCCGAUCAACUUCGUUCGCUUUUCACGACCGUGUCCAAACUACCUGGUCACAGGCCACGACUUCACAUCUACGCCGGAUGAAAUGCGAGCUCCUGGCGCCACGGUCCUUUGCGUCUGGAACCUCAACAGUCCUUCGACGCCGACGGAUGUGCUCGUCUCAAACUGCCAGGUGACGUGUUGCCACUGGUCUCCUCUGGAUGCGGUGUCCCUGGUCACAGGCUCGCUGGACGGUUCGGUCGAGUUGUGGGACCUCAGGGACAAGUUCUGCCUUUCCAAGAACGUUGUGAUCGACGAAGGCUGCCCACAAUGCCAAGAGUACAACAUGAAGAUGCCGGCGUACUCAACAGCCUCCCUCUUCGACAAGGACUGCCACUUCGCCAAAAUCGUGGACGUCUGCUGCCACCAAACGUGCGGCAGUUCCGACGUUGUCAAACAGCAACGGGCUUCGCAAAGUACGUCCGAAGGCGGCUACAACGUCUGGAGCCUGGACGAAGAAGGCACGCUGGUCUCGUGGGCGGUGGCCGCCGUGAAGAGCGAGCCGGAGGGAUCCCUCUCGGACCUCGGGCUCGCACCUGGGGCCGCGCUGAGACUCGUGCGUGCCGCGGUGUUCCGGGUGCCGCACUUCCUGCCGCCGUCGUACGAGGAAGCACGCGAAGGGCUGAGGACCUUCGGGGUGGCCAGGCUCGGCGACACGCGCCUUCUGGUCACCACGGACAUCGGAGUGGUCGUUCACUUGGAUCUUUACAAGGCGAGAACAUCACCUAAAGUGUUCAGUCCAAAGAAAAAGCCUUGGGCUGCUCAGGAGUGCUGUAUCUCAUUGUCUCCUCAUCACCCAUCAUUCUUUCUCGUGGCGAGCAGGGAUGGCGCUCUCAGACUGCAUUCUCUCGAGUACGAGCAAGCCGUGUGGGAGUGGGACCCGCUGGAGAGGACGGAGCUUGGAGCGCUCAUUUGGAGCCCCUGUGCUCCAACGCAGUUCUACGUCACCACGGCGGCCGGAGAGGUGACCACCUGGGACCUGUCGAUGAAGCACGACGGCCCCACAGGAGUCGCCAGGUUUCCGUCUUCCAGGGUGUUGGCGAUGGAUGCGGACAGCGCAUUGACGUCGAGGACGUUGGAGCGUUGCUUGGCAUUGGCCAUGGACGACGGCGUAACGCAGGUCCAUCUCAUGGGGCCCGCAGACGACAGCCACCGGCUAAGCCGCGACCAGAUACGAGAGAAGCUACUCGGCCUGUAGAAAUUAAUAAACGUGCACGUAUAUUUGCAUA